AUAUCUCAUCUGAUUUUACCACAGUGAUCGAUUUUGUUGAGCUUUUUGGCGAAUUAUCUUUUAUGCAUGUUGGACUCGUGUAUCUUCUAGUGUACUCUUAUAUUUGCUCCCGUGACACUCGCAUCCAAAGGGGAGAUAUCUUAUACGCCUCCCUUUGUCCUACUCGUUAUCACUCCAUCGCCGGCCCCAGACAUGUCCAACCUUGUCCUUGUUUCUCAACCCACAAGAGAGUGUAAGGCUGUCUAUGACGUUAAAAUAGCAUCCAAGAUGGAUCAGCGACAGUGGCAGAGAUUGCGUUCUCUCGUCAUAGAAAUGGCCGCCAGGUUUCUGAACACACGAGAUAUAUAUGAACACCAGGACCCCGAAAUGGUCCGUUUGUUCUACCAGUCGGUGAGCUUCAACUUAAUCUUCUGUUGCCCUGCUUCAUUACUUUGUCUUUUAUCUCAGGUCCACACUAAAUGGCCAGAAGUGGCAGAAUAUUACCCAAAUUCAUGGGUACUUGUCCGAUAUCUAAAGAUAUAUUUGUCGAAACGAGUUUCGCGAAAACGGUGGGCUGAUAAAGUCGCUCGUGAGAAGGCUGUCGAGCAAGCCAUACAACGAUCCGGGCGUCCUCGUGUACAAAACACAGAUCUAUCGUUUGUCCGUCAUCUCAACACCCGUGCUUCAAGAGCCACUGCAGUGUCGAGGAGGAAGGCCACUGCCCGUGGUGGAUCUACCUUUCCAUCUGGCCCGGAAAUCAUGACGCCACUCGCAGUCCAUCGAUCUGCUGCCAUCGCCCCCCAGCACAACGGGAGCUCUCCCGCCUCAGCACACUCGCAAAACGUACCCGUUCAAAGCUCUCAUGCCGUUUUUCAAUUUCUUGACUCCACGACACCAAGUCUGGUGAAACUCGUCCCAGAUUUCCUUUUUGCUGGGAUUGAUGAUCAGAAUCAUCUUAAUGAUUUCUUCACGUGGCCUGAGAAGGCUCAACGCAACUUUCUUCUCAAGACAUUUAGUGGAAAGAUGAACGCGUUGGAGCUGGGAGCAAUGCUUAUAGCGUUGAACUCUAGGCGUCGUGGCUAAGUCGAAGCUACACUAGCUAUUGCUCUCAUUUUCAACUUGUUCUUCGACCCCAACUUUGAUGUAACUUACGACAAACCUUACGACACGUGUCUUUCUUAGUGGCUAUGUAGCUUCCGAUUUCAACAGCGUCAAACAAGAAUGUA